GAUGUGUUGACCACUCAGCUAAACAGAUAUAGCAGCAGCUGGAGUAACAGUGUCCCAAAGAGGCACCGUAACACACAGAGUGUUACUCUCCUCCACCAUCGUUCAGUCAAACUCCUGGAUAACAGCACUGUUUUGUGAGGUGCUACAAGGCCACAUACAGCAAUAAUGGAGAUUGAGGAAGAGAUUUCACGUGAAGAUGAUGAUGAUGGCAGCUCAUCAUCACCAAAUGUAGAGUACAAGGCUGCUCACCAGGCGUUUAGGGAUCGCUGGAAAGAGACGGAUGACACCAUGUGUCGCCACAGCAUGUCCUUCCACCUGCACCACUCACUGCGGAGUGAGUUCUUCGCCAGCUACCUGUACCUAAUGGAGAAGAUUCCUGUGGUGAAGCUGUUUCCAGUCACCUGUGAGUACAUCAAAGGAGAGAAACAGUUUUACUACAGAGCUCAGAAGUUCUAUGAGGACGUCCCUGCCUCAGAGGAGGGCAUGCUGGGAGAUUUUGUGGAGAUAUGCAACAUCGAUCUAGAGGGUUCUCGGCAGUUUCUGAAGCGGUUUGUGGGUCCUGGUAAGGCUGGCACACACUGUGCUCUGGACUGUGGAUCUGGGAUCGGUCGUGUGACCAAAGGCGUCCUCCUUCCUGUAUUUGAGAAAAUGGAGAUGGCGGACAUGAUGGAGCACUUCCUGCUCCAUGCGCACGAGGAGUACCUUGGCGACGAUGCCGAUCGCAUAGAGACCUACUACUGCUACAACCUGCAAGAGUUCACACCUCCAAAAAACAAGUACGACGUCAUCUGGAUGCAGUGGGUGGCAUGCCACCUAACAGACAAGGACCUGAUGAACUUCUUGAUGCGCUGUAAGAAGAGUCUACGUCCAAAUGGUGUCAUUAUAAUAAAAGACAAUAUGGCGCGGCAGGGCUGCAAGCUGGACCCCAUCGAUAGCAGCAUCAGCCGUCACCUGGACAUCAUGAAGAUUAUCAUCGCCAAGGCAGGUCUGGAGAUCCUGGCUGUGAAGAGGCAGGAAGGCUUCCCUGAGAUCAUCAUGCCUGUCUGGAUGAUUGCGAUGAAAUAGAAGUAGCAUCUACUGUAAAAAGGUUCCGGUUGUUGUUGCUCACUUUGAAAGGGAAUCCAACCUAAAGCUGAAUUCACAUUUUAUUCCUCUUUUGUUUAAGUCUAGAUUUGUGAUCACGUCUCUGAAAACCACACUAACACUGCUAAAAAUCUACACAAUGUCAUCAGGAGAUAAAUCCUGAACUGGCGGUGUGCUUUUGCACAGCAUGAUGGCACCUGGGGUGAUUUUAUGGAGAAAGUAGUUCUGCUCAGCACUGAAAUGAAAUAAAGCUUUUACGUGGACAUUAACCUUCUACAGAAGGACUCUGUAUGUCCACAAAGCCAAGCUGUAAUUUAUUGUCAGCCGACCACCUCCUAGGGUUUGUCUCUUGAUGACAUCGAAGAUCAGCUCUCUGGAGAGUAACUGUUGGUGGAGCUUGUUCCUGUCUGAACUACGAGGAUCAUUGGAAUAACAUGUGGAUUCAGAUGGUUUCUCCUCUGAGUGAAUGAUUUGUAUCCAUUUCUGACUGAAUCCAACAUGUUACAGCACAAGCAUAACAUAUCAUCAGCAAUGAUGUGUCAUGUUAGAUUUCUUAAAAAAUAACAACAACAACAAUAACAACAAACUACAUUUUCAUAUAUUAUAGCAUAUGAUGAACAUGCCAUCUGUAUCUGGAUACAUUAAUUGGACAAUGACAUUUACACUUCGUAUUGAGUGUUUUUUUGUUAUCUUGAAUCUGGCUGAUUGUGAUCAGAUCUUAAUUUGCAUGUUAAGCAGGAGUGGGUGAACCUGUCAAACUCUGGUUAUGUUAUCCUUGUCCCAGGUCAUUGCCGACCCAUGAGAGUGUCCCAAAGCAAUGCUGCUUUAUGGUAUGGAUGUUUAAUGAGAACUGGAUACUAGAAUCGAAGAUGGCACCCACUCAAUUAGAUGAAAAUUGCUCACCGAGUGCAUAAGCCAGUAACAUGUUCUAGCUCUAGCUCGUUUUUUUCCAUGUUGUUUUACCCAUGGAACAUGUAGUCCCGCUGCCACUCCCUUUAUUAUGUGUAACUUUAAGUCUUAAAGUCUGGGUUAAGUAAAUUCAGAGAUUUUUUUAUUAACACAUCAUACAUGCUAGAAAAUACUUGUUGAAAAUAUGCUACGAGACUGGGAACUGUGUAGCACUGUGGAGUUAGACCAUUUUUCACCAUCUUUGGGAUUGUUUGGGAGGGCCUGAAAUCAUGGCUCGGUGAUGCGCUGGAGCCAUCCUUAAUAUAACCCCUUACCAGCUUAAUACAAAACUGCAGUUUUGUAUUAAGCUGGUAAGGGGUUAUGUUGCUUGUGGCAACAAGCUUGUGGCACUGG